AUGCAGAUCAAGAGGAUUGCUAUGGCCAUAGCGGCGGUCUUCGUGUGGACUCCGUCAAGCGUGCUUGGCGCGACCACUGGCGAGACGCGCGGUGGCGAUACAGCUUCGACAACGAGACUUCUGGAGUAUCCGAGUCUACGAGCCUCCUCUUUAAGUUGGGAGAAUGAAGAGCUGGUAACACAAGGUGAAGCCUUCCUCACUCUGCGUGUAUCAAAGGAAAGCACCCCUUCGCGGCGUCCGGCCGACGUCUUUGGACAUGAUGAAAACGUAAUCGUAAUGAGAGACGACCAAGCGAAGACCAAUUCCGUCAUCAUAACCACCCAAGGCGUGACAGCCACCGUUCAUCCGAGCGAAGUCAGCAAAACUCACGAGCCUACACAAAGCUUGACCACCAAGACUGGAUCGACUCCACCAACCAGCUCGGCUGGCAGCGAAUACAUCAAGAUUGGGUGCGGCUGCAGCUACACGACUGGUGGCUUCAUCGAGUGUCCAUCCACUGGAUCCGAUGCGCCUCCAGGCUUCUGCGAGUUCGAGACUGUCGUGCAGUCAGGCGCUUCAACUCUGGAGGCACCUGUCAGCGCCCGAGGCAUGGGAGACGCAGCCACCGCUACCGUCUUCGAGUUCACUACUACAGUCACUGAAAAUGCAGCGGAGAGCCCUUCUGGCAGUACCUACUCAUCACCCGUCAUCGCCGUGCAAUCGUCGAUUCCUGCCGGCGGCUCGAUCUGUCCAGAUACCCUGAGCGGCACGUACAACCUCGCGAUUACCUACAUCGCAGCUGUCUCGAACAGCAAGUUCUCUGAGGGCAAUCAAUACGACUCUGCAGCACCCCUAGCCCAGGUCUCGCUAAAGGAAGGAAUUCUGAGGGACAGCCAAGGUCGCAUUGGCUGUAUAGUCGCCGACGACCAAUUCCAGUUCGACCCAUCACCACAAGCUGGUACGAAGUACUCCUCUGGGUGGUCAGCGUGUGGCACUUCGGGAUCUCUGCGUCUUGCCCUCAACGACAACACGACAUUCUGGGGCUGUAACAGCGGUCGGCCUGAUGGCACUUACUUUGCCAACAUCUACGACAAGCCAAUUGAUGGUAGUCAAUGCGCACCUGCAGAGCUGAACUUGGUUGAGAUCACAAGCGGCAAUUCCAAGAAAGCAGUCACCUCCCCGUCGAACUCGACAGCCGUGUACCGAAGAGCUGCAUCUGGUUGUGCAACCGAGCAAGGCGCACGAUUCACAUUGAAGACCAAGACCAGUUCUUCGACGGACCAGCCAUCGGUAUUUACAGAUGCCUUCUGGCUUGUAUCUCCCGGUAUCUUGAAAGCGGCAGCGGGCAGCACUGCCGAUUUCAACGACCAGGGUCAGCUUCAACUUGGCUGGCACAAGCCCACUAGUCUUUCACCCGAAGUUCAAUGGUCCAUAUGCGGAGACGGCUCAGUGGCGUUUGGCGGCGCAAAGGCUUUCUAUCGAUGUGGUGCCCACGGCUACUACACGAUCUACAACCAACCAGUCGAUUCGAGCUGCUUAGAAGCGAAUUUGAUAUGGGAGACUGUGAGCGACUCAGUCACGACCUAUCUGAGUUCCCUCUCUCCGAUUCCAGAGAUCUCACCAGAGUCUCCUACCGUUACCUCAGCUCCUAUAUCGACUGUCUACGUCGAUGCCAAACUCCAGAAGCGUGAUGACAAGACCAUCUUCUGCAAGACAAAUUGGAAAGGCCUCAGCGUCUCUUGCGAUAACAAAUGGGCUUACAGCGUCGCCUUCAAUGAUCAGGUCACGACGCUGUGGAAACCAGCCAAAGUGUUGACGGUGGACGGGACAGUCUAUUCAGUUGCCACGACGAUCCAGCAUAAUGCACUGGCAGCCAACACUAGGCUCGCACGCGCAGUCAAACGAGAUGGUGCUCCCAAUGUCUUGCAAGAUGCAGUGGUCCCCAUCGAUUGCAUCUCGACGACUUCGACCGCCACGAAGCCGGCGGCGACCUACAUGGAACAAAUCGUCGCGAAAGUCCUUCCAGCAGCGACUUUGACCAUCACUGAGCAACCAGAGGGCCAGUCCAGCGUUCUCUAUCGUCGCGAUGAUGCGUCUGCAUCUCCUACUGUUUGGUUCACGACUGUCAUCACCGUUCCCGCUACAACAAUGGUCACCUUGAGCAGCCACUCCAGCGAGGAAACAAUGACGCAGCCAGCUUCAAGAUACAUCAGCACCUAUCAAUCGAUUCCAUGGCUCACAACCGUGAUACGGAGCGGCAAUCCCGGUGAUGGAACAUACAAUUCCACAUUGACAAGAUAUCUUCCAACUACGACGACAACGAGUACAGCCGUACCGCCGCGGCAGGAGCGUAAUAUCGUCACUUCAACCGAGUACGACACCGUCUGGCCUGGCAAUCCAUGCCAAGUCACGGGUGGCGAUAUAUGCGGCCCAGCAUAUACCACUUUUAUCCAGACUUAUGAGGACGUCACUUAUACCAUGGACGGCACUGUCAUCGUGCAGCCUGCUACCACCAUGACGGAGACGUGGUGGUCGAACAGAAAGCGUGAAGGACCCCAGACCACUAAUCCGGUCCAGGUGCAUGCUGGGAACUCGACGGUUUCAGAGUUGAGACCUACGACGGUGGCCGACGUCCCAGAUGUGGCUGUCGCUACGGUUGCGGAUAUUCUUACUGCGUCUGUGCUAUCGGAAGGCGGUUCGCUUGUCACAGCUUAUCCCACGAGCGAUUCUCCGUAUCAGAAUACCAGCACGACUUCCACGACUACCACUCUUACUACCUCCGUGCAGACGACUGUCACUGUUACCCCAAGCAGCACUCCUACCAACAGCCCCACCAGCAUUUUCAGCUUCGACCCUACCACCAGCUCUGCCAGUAGCUCCAUUCUCGACCCUGCCACUUCCAACGCCACGACGACCACCUUAGCAGCGCCAUCUUCCGGUGGUCGUAAGGCGGUCGAUUUGGGGAAGCAUAUGAUCGGCGACCCCAUGGGAUCAUCCAUCGUUGCGGCUGCAAUUGCAUUCUUUCUGUGA